CCAAGGUGCGCGAUCUUGAAAUCGUCUGCUCGACAAUAGAAGGGAAAGUGCAAACGAGUGCUCAACUUUUCAUAAAUAUUUCGCCGAAGAAUGACGCAUAUAUAUCAAACUCUACUAGUUUUCAUUGCGAUUCCUGCACUGAGGGAUGACCGUCCGAACUGACGGACGCAAAGUUGCUGCGAACGAAACCCACGCCACGUUCCUUGGGUCCUUAUUACGAGAAUGCAAACUGUAAUCAAAUGGCUUAAAUUUCUACAAUAUGGCGUCCAAACCUAAACAGCCGAAAUAUAAUUUUGGACUUCUUGAGACACCAGACACCACAGAUCUAUCAAGCUCUAGUUAUGUACCAAGCUCGAAAAGUGACGUUCACCAACAAGCUCAUGUGCCUACAGCCUGUUGUGACAGCACCUCAUCCAGGAGUUCCUCUGUGUCGAAGUACCCUCAAGAAUCCUCUUCCUUUGCCACUCCGGCCAUCCCACAUCGCCGCUCGCUGUUCAAGACACCUGCCUCAAGAACACCAUUCAUCACACCGAGAGGCCCAUCCUCUAACAUGCGCACCCCAGGGUCAAGGAGAACUCCAUACAACACCGGAGGGUCCACCACUACACCGGCUGACCAUAACUCAUCAGUCAUUGUUGCCAUUGUUGAGGGACGUGGUCUGGCUCGUGGAGAGAUUGGCAUGACAAGUUUGGAUCUGAAGUCACCUGUUCUGAAUCUCUCCCAGUUCUCUGAUACACAGACGUAUGUGAAGACCAUGACAAAGCUGGAGAUUCUUCAGCCAAUAGAGAUUAUCAUGCCCAACACGGCCUGCGAGACUGGCAACAUGACCAAACUUUACACCCUCAUCAACGAUCACUUCCAAAACUCUACAGUAUCAACUGUGCAGAGAAAAUACUUUAAUGAAACAAAAGGCCUGCAGCAGAUCCGCUACCUUGUCGUGCCAGACCUGAAGACUGUAGAAAUAGAGGUGGCAUCCAAGUACUACUGUCUGGCAACCACAGCAGCGCUGCUCAAGUACACAGAGUUCAUACAGAACAUCAUGUAUGCUCCAGCCUCCGUCAAGGUGAUCUUCAAGGGCAGUGAACAGACCACAAUGAUAGAUGCAUCAACUGCAAAGAACUUGGAGUUGCUUCAGAACAGACGAGAUCCAAAGAGUGAGCAUACACUGUAUGGCGUCCUGAAUCACACCAAGACGCAUGGUGGGGCCAGGAUGCUCCGCUCCAACAUAUUGCAGCCCCCAUCAGAUUUUGAAACAAUAUGCACCAGACAGGACAUCGUGGCGGAGCUGACUGAAAAGGAGGAGAUAUUUCUGAACCUGCAGUCUGUGGUCAGUCGCUUCCUGGACAUAGAUCACCUCAUCUCCCUGUGUGUCCAGCUGCCCAAACAGGAGACGCUCAAGACUGCCGAGUCGAAGAUCACCAACAUCAUUCACCUCAAACACACACUGGAGCUGGUGUCUCAUCUCACUGAGUUCCUCAAGGACUGUGAAAAUGACUUACUUAAAGCAUACUGCAAGUCUCUUGAGGAUCCACGUUUUGAGGCAAUCAUGUCAAAGAUCCACACAGUGAUUCAUGAAGACACAAAGUACGAGAAAGGAACGCUCAACAUAAGGACACAGAAGUGUUUUGCUGUCAAGCCAAAUCUCAAUGGUUUGUUGGAUGUUGGUCGGAGGACGUACACUGAAAUUGUGGAUGACAUUGCUGAAAUGGUGAAACAGAUUGGUGAGAAGUACAGCCUCCCAUUACGGACAGCAUACAACACAGUGCGUGGGUUCUACAUCCAGCUGUACUGCGGAGGGAAGGAGGCCUACACACAGGAGACCCUGCCGGGCAUCUUCAUCAAGAUCACCAAGUGCAAGAGCACUCUCAGUUUCACCACGUCAGACUUGAUCAAACUGAAUGAUCGUAUUAAAGAAUCACUACAGGAGAUUUAUCUCAUGACAAACAUUGUCGUGUCUGAUCUCCUAAGUGACAUUCGAGAGCAUAUUGGCUGCUUGUACAAGCUGUCUGAAUGUGUUUCAAACCUGGAUAUGCUGCUUGCAUUUGCCAAGGCCUGUAGUCUUUCCUCGUAUGUGAGACCAGAAUUUACAGACACAUUAGCAAUCAAGCAGGGCCGUCAUCCCAUUCUAGAAAAUAUUGGAGUAGAAGCUCCAGUACCAAACAAUACUUAUGCAUCUGAAGACAGUAACUUUAUUAUCAUCACAGGUCCUAACAUGAGUGGGAAGUCGACCUACUUACGUCAAGUGGCUCUUCUGCAGAUCAUGGCACAGAUUGGGUCAUUUGUUCCAGCACAGUAUGCAUCCUUCCGGAUUGCCAGUCAGAUCUUCUCCCGUAUUGGCAGUGAUGAUGACAUGGAAACAAACUCAUCAACGUUUAUGUUGGAGAUGAAGGAAAUCAACUAUAUCUGCCAGAAUGCCUGUAAUGACAGUCUCAUCAUCAUUGAUGAACUUGGAAGAGGCACCAGUGCUGAAGAGGGUGUUGGGAUCUGCCAUGCUAUUUGUGAAUAUCUGCUCAAGUUCAAGGCAUAUACGUUCUUUGUGACACAUUUCAUGGAACUGACAAAUAUGGAUAGUCUCUAUCCAAAUGUGGAGAACUAUUUCUUCGAGGUUCAGCGAGUGUUUAGCACCGAGGGUAACUGUGAGAAGAUCAACUACACGCAUGUGCUGUCAAAAGGGAAAACACAGGAGAAACAUUAUGGGCUUCAGCUUGCAGAGGUGUCCACAAUGCCAAGAGCAGUUACAGAGGAGGCAAAAACACUGGCCAAACAUCUCGAGGAACAGCGAAAGAAAAACAGGACAAGAGAUUCAGAAUCAAGAAAACAACGAAUGAAUUUCAAACUAGCAACUAAGUUGGUUCAGGUAGCGAAGAAUUCUCGACUUGAUGAUGAAAGUUUAAGGCUGUAUCUUAGCAACCUGAGAUCCCAGUACACCAGGGAGUUUACCGACAUGGAAGAAUAAGCCACUGACAGUCUGAUGACAAACAAUAAGUGUAUUGCAACUGUCCUCAUGAUACUCUUUACUCAACUGUGAAAUAGUUUCCUUGUGUGCACAAUGCUGUUCUCUCAUAUUCUUUAUGGAGCGGUGGGUUAGCCUAGUAAUUAACACAUUUGCUCGUCACAUUGAAGACCCAGGUAUAUUCUCCACAUGGGUACAUUGUGUGAAGCUCUUGUAUGGUGAUAUUGCUUUAAUAACGCUAUAAGCAGCGUAAAAUCACAUUCGCUCUCUCACUUAUAUUCUUCAUAGUGAUCCAUAAAUGAUCUUAUACCAGUUUAGAACACCUUUUUAAGUGUUCUUAAUUUCAAGGGUUUGAUAUGACAGAUGUCAUUAUCUUCUGUAAGAUACCCUAUUUUUUAUUGUUAAUUAACUGCCUGUAUGGAACUAACAAGGCAGUGUUUUGGAGAGACAUUUACCUGUUGUUGUGAAUGAUGACAGUAACACAUCAUUACUUUAUAAAGCUUUGAUGACUUCAAAAUAUUUUUUAAGUGCACAUGCUUUAUCUGAGUGCAUAUUUGAAAAGUAAUGUAGAUUAUGUCCAUCUUAUGUUAAUUACUGUAUAUACUGCUGUAUAUAUGCCAAACUGCUGAUGAUAUGUGAAGCAUCCACUCAUUCUCUCAGUAACACACUCUUACUUGUAUGAAUAAAUGUAGAUGUGGCUUCCUUUGUUUCACCUACAUAUAUUCAUGAACUAAAAUGAAACUCAUGAAAAUUAAUUUCUUUUAGUCAGACACUAUGAUCAGGCUUUCAAGAAAAUGUAAAAAAAAUAAGCUUCAAGUAAAGCAAAUUUAAGAAUAUGUUUUAAAAAAAAUGAGGAAAAAUAUUUUGAGCAAAGCUGAGCCUUUGGCUGUUGUCUUUGGAUGGAAAACAUAGCGAAUACACACAUCACAAGUUUUCCAAGUUCGUCUGGCAAAUCUACACUGAUCUGUAUGAAGAGAACAGGCUUGUCUCCUUCCUUGUUUAAAGCCCAGCUUGGCUGUCUCCCAUUCAGGCAAAUACACCCAAGCUUGUGGAUUACCUGCUGGGGAUUAGCCAUGACCAGCAAAACAACUUGGACAUUUGGAGAUGCGUCACAGAUCACUGUUAAACUGUCAUCAACCUUGAUGUAACAAAAUGUGUGAAAAAACAUAUUCUGGCAAGAUGUCCUAUAUCCCAUCCUUUGGAAAUCAUUAGAAUGUAUCCAACAUGCCGAUGGGUUCAAGGUUUACUGUUACUUAUUUACUUAUUACUUAUUGGAUAUGUGUGAAAAUUAAUAAAUAGUCAAUUUGUUUGUCCAAAAGAAGAAACCAUUCUUUUCAUGUGUUCAUACAAUGUAAGUUUUGUUAUCUGUUAUUAUUUCUAUUUCAUCAUGGCCAGCUUUUGCAGAAUUUCUGCAUGAAUGAUGGUAUCAGUAGUUUUAUUUAAUGACUGUUCAUGUUCAAAGUCUUGAAAACAUUGAAAUUAUGGCUGAAACGAGUACUGUACUCGUUAAUGAUUACUGGUUGAAAGCAAUCCCCAAGCCACAGCUCACACCUGAGACUUCUAGAAAAUGCUCAUGCCGUCCUGAAAAAUUGCAUCCAAUGGACUUUAUCACAAUUUACCCUCAUAUAUUGGUCAGAUAGCGAAUCACCCUGUCUGUUUAACUGCCAAAUAUGUAGAAAAUAAUUUAUUUUUUCUACCGACAGUACUUUUUUACAAUCUCCCCAUUUUCGGGUGAAAAUUAAAAUGUGUUUGUCAAUAAUAGGGAUGUUUGAGGCUGUAAGUCUCGAACCUAAAAAAUAACAGACAAAUUUGUUUCUAUUUAAAAAAACCCUAUUCCCAGAAAAUGCAAUUUGUGGAAUUUCAAGCAUUACAAUGUACCUUUAACUAUUUUUUGUUUGUUUGUCCUCCAUACUUUUCAGUGAUCAGUGAUCAAAUAUAUUUUUGUGUUAUAUUGGUGCGCCACAAUUAAUACCCGAUCAGAUUCCACAAUGCAUCGAUAGAAACUAACAUGUUUACUCCACUGGACCUUUUAUCAUAGUAUAUUGCAAAACCCUUAAAAAUGGCAAAUUUCUACCAGUCCUUAAGACAGUUUGGCAAGGACUGCACGACUAGUGCCAAUUUCUAUCGCUGCAAUGGCUUCUAAAAAGGGAGAUAAUUACACUGAACAAGAUAGAUAACUGUCCAAUUACUUGAAUAUUAAUUUACUACUUGAGUAGUAAAAAUACUCGACAUGCACUCGAAUGCUCGACAUGUACUCGAAUACCCAGGUAACAGUUUCAGCCCUAAUUGAAAGAUCAAUUAUCACUUAAUUUAAAAUGUGUUGCAGUCCUGUUUUGAUCCUAUUCUAAGUUCUUGCAUAUUCUUGAAAGGAUCAAACAUGGGUCUGAUACACGAAGGAUAUAAAAACAUAAAAACUGUCAAGAAAUCAUUCAGGUUUGAUAAAACAAAACAGGAUUAAAAACUGUUCACAGGUUGUGUGCCCCCAAAACCGUUCCUUUGGUCAUUUCAGAGAAAAGAGAGUGUAUUAAAGCCAUGACCGAAUCAAUGACCCAUGUCAAUAUCCAUGAUGUCAGGCGGUCAUGCGAAUAUGAGAUAAUACUUCGUCUGCUUGUAUGCUCCCGACGAUCGUUUGGUCAUAUGAACACAUAGCAUUUAUACAUUCGGGAUCAUAUACACCGAAACAUCCCACACCCGUGUACCACUGAUGUUGUUCCAUCUCAGUAGCCAUCCCAUAAACUUCUCACAAUGUA